AACACCCUGCUGGUGCUGGCCUGGCCUUCUCUCUCUGAGACACACACGCACGCUCUCUCAUCUCUAUCUAUCCCGUAUCUCUAAAGACACCCCAGCUUUUAUUUGACUAGUCUGUAGACAAUAGCCACAUAACCAGCCCAAUCAUACACAACUGCUCAUCUCGCUCAUCAAAGUUACUAUCCAAGUUCGUCGGCCAGGGCAUCGCCUUUCUCUUGUUCCUCCGUCGUCCUGUCCUGUGGCAGAGAGAUGCCAUCCUCGUCGACCACCAAUACAUCAGAUGGCGCCAAGUCGUCAUCUUGCCCGAGAGGCCACUGGCGGCCUGGGGAGGACGAGAAGCUGAAGCAGCUCGUCGAGAAGUAUGGUCCGCAGAACUGGAACUCCAUUGCUGAGAAGCUGGACGGGAGAUCAGGCAAGAGCUGCCGGCUCCGGUGGUUCAACCAGCUGGACCCUCGGAUCAACAAGCGGCCCUUCACAGAGGAGGAGGAAGAGCGGCUGCUCAACGCCCACCGCGCCCACGGCAACAAGUGGGCUCUCAUCGCCCGCCACUUCCCCGGCCGCACGGACAACGCCGUCAAGAACCACUGGCACGUCGUCAUGGCGCGCCGCAGCCGCGAGCGCUCCAGGCUCCUCGCCAGGGCCGCGAGCUCCGCCGCCUCCUCGCCGUCCGCUGGUGGGUACCUCUUUGGCGCUGGCACGCCGGCGACGAGCUCGCUCUGCUUCGGCUUCUCCAAGCUAGGUGGUGGCGGCAGCGGCGGCGGCCUGUUCAGCUCGCCGGCGGCUUCUCCUCCUACUUCACUGUUCAAGAGCUUUGGCACAGCCACUGGAAGUAAGGGUUUCCUGGGGGCGAGUUUCGAGGCGUCCGGACGGUACAACUACAGCGGCAAGCAGCUGACGGCACCUCUCUCCAUCACCUUCGCCUCUCCAAGUGAAGCGCUAGGCAUGGAUAUUGGCCACCAUGGACGCCAUGAACAUCACCAAAAGGAUUACCACGCCGCCAGUGGCGACAGCGCUGAUGAGCCACUGAAGAAGAAGGAUGUGCCCUUCAUUGAUUUCCUCGGCGUCGGUGUGUCCUCGUAAUUAAUAAUAUUGCAAUAUUGAAAUACUAGCCAAUCUAUAUGUUGAUCAAUCAAGUGUAUUGAUCAGUGUUUGUUUUUUAUUAUUAGGGCAAACUGCUGCAUGCAGUAGUAGUUGAUAAGUAUGCAGGGCUAGAGUUCAUUGAUGGUUACGGCGUUCUGAUGAUCAUGUGCUAUCUGAUUCAUCCGAAAUAAGGCACCAGAUACAUCACACAUGGUUAUUCUCUUAAAAGUUAUUUACUAAUAAUAGUCUACUGAAUUCCAUCUUGUGCUGUCUUUCUUGUGAUGAGCUAGCUGGUCAUCCAAUGUGUUAGUCUCUCACGGACGAUGGCAUCUGAUAUUUAGAUGGACUUUAUAGAGAACUAAAGAUGCAUGGUACUGUCUA